AUGCCAAAUCCUGAUUUAUUUUCAAUUUCGCCUAAAUUUGAUGCUUCCACACCAUUGAUCAACGGGUACCGUAGUCUAGACUACGCCCACAUUCAGUUUUUCAGCAAAUUCACGAUUGUCAUUUUAUUUAUUUUAAAGGCGCAGACCCAUUGCGCCGAUUUACGGAAUCUCAACGCGCCGGCAAGCAAUCGCAAUUUGUUGUGUGUCGACGACGACGAAAUGAAGCAGCAGCCGUUGCGCUCGCAAUCAUUCAAACAUCGCUCGAGGCCCGUCGUCGAGGUGCGUCGAAUGGCGUAUGAAGACGUCGGACCACAUGAGCGUCGAAAGAGCACGCCGACGGUCUCGCGACGACAAAGCUUACAAAGGAGUCGCAUCAUGGAGCCGAGAACCGACGUUUGGCCGGAAGCCAAACCCAACAAUUCGAUCGAGGAGCGCUUCUUGAAGUUGCCCGACUCGGAGGAUUACACGAGAGUUCGCCAAUUCAAAAUCGACGAGAAGGGCGCCGUCGUGUCGCGCGGCGACAGUUUUCGACGGAAACGAACGCCGACGAAUAAAAGCGACAAAUCGCCGUCGCCGUUUCCGGUUUCGAUGUCGACGGAUUCGGCGCGCGGGUCUCGAAGCGAAAGCGAAGCCAGCGAUCCGGUAGGCGACGAGCUCUCGAAACUCGCUGUCAAUGACGUGGCAAAUGCGUCGACAAGCCACAAAACAUACAAAACAUUCGUUAUCGGAGACACUGGAACUGGCAAAAGUUCGCUUAUAAGUCAACUCAUCACUUCCGAAUACAAGAAUGCGUUCGCCGAUGAGAUUCGUAACUGCGGACAGUUGGCUUUUUCAGAGGACUACGAGAAUACGGUUUCGAUUUGUAUUGGCGGAGUUGAAUGCGAUUUGGUGUUUUUUGAGUCGGACUUGAAUGAUACUCAUUGGCUGACCAACGAGGUUCACGCGUUCGUCGUUGUCUAUAGUAUUGAUUCGAGAUCGAGCUGGAAGCAGGCAACCAAUGCCAUCGAGAUUAUUCGCGAGUCGCCAGAAUGCCGAAAUAUUCCGAUUCUCGUCGCCGGCAACAAAGUCGAUUUGGAGAGAAAACGCACGGUGACCAAACAAGAAGUCCGCUCAGCAAAAGCAGCUCUCGGCUUUGAGCAUUUCGAAAUCUCCGUUGCACUUGACCAUGACGUCGACGAUCUUCUCGUUGGUCUCGUUGCUGAAAUUCAAGAAGCGUUUUCGCCAGAUGUCGUAAUGCAGAAGCCGUCUCCUCGCCAUCAGGUCGACGAUUUCCACAGCGCAAUUCGUCGAUAUUCGCAGAGAAAAAAGAAGGCGCUUCCAUCAGAUCCGCAAGGAGGAAAAUGCUCAGUAUUGUCUCCGACGAGCCUCUUCGCCAAAUUCCGCAAUUGGCGUCGUGGAAAUUCGCCGCGAAUAGAGACAAAGUGA